AUGAGCAGCUCCGAACUGUCCGGCGCGCUCGAUCCCUCGGCCAUCAGCCACAAUCCGUACUAUGUCCAGUACAGGACCCAAGACGGGUACUACUACCACACCCAGCCCCUCCAGGCCGAGCCACCGCCGCAGCUCGAGCAACCACAGCAGCACGAUGGCGUCUACAACCAGCCCCAGCCUGUGUACGACGAGCAGGCGCAGAUGUACGGGGCGGAGCCCGUGUACGUGGGCUAUCAGCAGAACCCACUCAGCCAGGCAGAUAUCGCGCCGCUGCAGUCGAGCGUGAGCUCGCUGGAGUCAGCGCUGGAGGCGGAGAGAGUUGCGCGGGAGAAGCUCGAGCGACGGCUGACAGACUGCGCCAACGAGCUGCGCGGGCUCCAAGCUACGUUCCUCUCCGCGCUAGAAGCCCAGCAGAGCGCCGCCCAAGCACAGCUCGAGCGCGCCCUGCAGCAUCGCAACCAGAGCGACGGGGUGUGGCGGGGGGAGCUGGAGCAGCGGAUGGAGGAGAUGGCCGAGCACGGGAAGCGGGCCGACGAGCGCUGUGCCCGGCUGGAGGAGCACGCGGCGGUGCUGGAGGAGAAGAACGACAGGCUCGAGGCGAGGAACACCGUGCUCGAGGACCGCUGUGCUCGGGCCGAGUCCCGGCUGGCGACGCUCGAGGCGAGGGCGCAGAGCGCGGAGGACACGGUCCGGCGCGCGGAGGACCUCGCCAACGAGGCGCAGAGUGAGGCGCGCGAGGCCAACGACCGCAUCGACGCGCUCUUCAAGGAGCACAACAUGCUCAAGUCGGCCCGGAUGGCCCCGCCCGCGUCCAACCACGGCCUGCCCUCGCCACGCUCCCUGCCCUCCACAUCGCCCAUGUUCGCAAAUGCGAUGCCCACACCCGCCGCGUCCACGCCCGCACGGCCAACGUCCCCUGCCGUAUACCGCCCGCCUACGCAAUCGUCACUCGCCCAGCCCGUCGCGAGCUCCUCAGCCGUCACUCUCGACAAGGUUUCGGCAUAUGACGCCCCGGCGUCCCCGAGCCUGUUCCCACAAGCACCCUUCGCCUACUCUCCCACUACAUCCUCCUUCCCCUCCCGCAUCAGCAGCCCACAGCCUACAGGGCAGCCCACCAUUCCAUCCGCACCACCCCAUCAACCCCCACCGCCCUCCGCACCGCCAUCGACUCGGGGCCAGAAGCGACUGUCGGACGACGAGCCCAAAGAUACCCGGCCGACGAAGAAGCGCGAUCAUCAUGAUAAGAGACCGCAUACGGUGCAAACGGCCAUGCGGAAGCAUAUGUGGCUCGUCAUGAAUAUCCCCGAGGAUUCGUUCUUGCCGGAACCGCAUCCCGAGGGCACGCCUAUACCGCCGAACGAGCCCGUCCGGUUCAACUGGGCCAAGACGAUCAAGCAGUCGAAACACAACCAGGCGAUGAAGACGCGCGUCCUGUCCGACAUCCGCGCCCGCGCCUCCGAGCUAUACCCCGAAGUUCCGUCUAGUGAUAUCAUGCACAACUCGAUCGCGUCGAUCUUCGACUCGGCGUACACGACCGUGCGCGGCAAGUGGAAGCAGCAGAACGACGCGGCCGAGAAGGAGAAGGUCAGGCUGCGCGAAGCCGGCAAGUCCCAGCGUGCGCGGCGUGUGGGGAGGAAAAAGACGAAGCUGACGGGCAGGCAGGACGCACGGAAGCGCAAGGCGGAGUUCAGCGAUCGGAGGUUCGACGGGGCGAUGCAGGUAGACUGUAUGUCGUCUGAAGAAUCGGAUGCGGAAGACGCUGGUGCCCCCACUGCCCGUGUCGGCGCCGGUGCCGGUACCGGCGGGGACGACUCCAAGACGCUCGUACUUCGUGGACGGCCGUGGAGGUCGAGUCGACUGUUGAGGUUCUAUGGCGCUCUCGAUGCGGAAGACCACCGAUACGUCGACAUGCGACCACGACGCGGUGUCGGACGGCGACUCCGCAAAGAAGGCGAACCCCGCGAGAAAGCUCUACCCCCGUCCGGCGUAUCGCGCUGGAUGGUCUCCCGACGAUGGAUGGCGCGCAUGCAGCGCGAAGAUCCGCUAGCGCUUGAGGCGCUCGAAUUUGCCGACGACGAGGCGGACAACGCCGAUUGGAGUCGGUAUGAGAUGCUCGGGUACGAGAGCGAGGACGAGGAGGCGGGCUUCUUGGACGAGAGGGGGGCGCAGGUCGCCAGGAACGCGCCGAACUACUCGCUCAUGGGCGCGUUGGCCGGUCCGUCCGACUCCUGA